GGAGGGGGUCAAUAAAGGUGGAGGCAGCCUCACCUAGCGUGUGGCUAUUAGUAUGGAUUAUAAAUAACGGGCAAGCUCGGUCCGCACACACACACACACACAUCAUCUGUUCACCGAGACUCCGCGUAGCCCAAGAUCAAAAUGUCUUACCCAGUCGAAAUGCAGCCUACGGAGGUAAAGGGAUUUACCCCCUCUAGCAGCCAGUGGAGUUCUGAUGUCAUGGACUGUUGUGAAGACACAAGUAUCUGUCUAUGUGGGGGAUUUGUCCCUUGUAUUUUGGCUUGCAGGAUAGCCAAGGACUACGGAGAGUGCUGCUGCCUGCCUUGCCUAUUCGGCACAACGGUCGCCAUGCGCACAGGCAUGCGAGAGCGAUAUCACAUCCCGGGCAGUAUCUGUAACGAUUGCGUAUGCCUCACAUUUUGUAGCCCCUGCACUUUGUGUCAGAUGGCUCGUGAGCUGAAAGCCAGACAGUGAAGACAGAAGAGCCUUGAAGAAUAUCACCGGCAGUCAUACGUGGCCCCUCAAAACGAUCAAUCAUGGAUUAUAAAUGUCACAGAAUGGGUUAGAUCCCUCUUUAUGAAGCAACAUAAAGUAAUUUAGUUUAAAAGUAUGAUUUACAAAGAGCUGAGAAUACGCAUCCAGGACGUCGUACUCCAUCUUUAGACGUAUGGGUGCCGUGGGUAGCCCACGGAUAUUUGACGGAUGUCAGCUCAAUAAACUCAAUAAUAUUAUUAAGGAAAAUCUAUGUUAUAUUAAAUACAUGGCCAAGGGAGGGCUGCCAACAUUCAGCCCCGGGCUCGAUUUCAUCCAGGUGGACCAGUAAUAGAGCGGCC